ACGAAAUCAUUUGGAAAUAAAGAAAACUCUGCAAAACCCGGAAGCAAAACCCUGAACAGGGCAACCACCGACUACCCACGAGCUUCGGAUCUCAGGUAUCAGACGCUUAGCCACCUUCAUCGGUAACUCCACAGCUCACUGUCCAGCCCUUCGUUGCUCACCUUCGGCUUCUUCCUCCCCUAGACAGAAUCAGCAAAGCAAACACCUUCGUCGGCGGCUCUACAGCUCACCGUCCAGCCCAUCACCGCUCACCUUCGGCUUCUUCCUCCAUUGGACAAAAGCAGCAAAGCAAAACAUAACGGAAUCAACAGAUCGUCACCGUCUGCCUCACUCCUCCACCUAUCACCUCCUUCUCCUUCCUCCACCAAAUGGAAACGACAAAGAAAACAGAAAUUGCAGAACAGAUUGCCCCCCAGAAGCACCGCCUCAUCUUCUCCGUUGCUUCCCUUCUUCUCCUGCCUCCACCGAACAAAAGCAGUAGCAGAAAUCAAAAUUGGCCUCAUCUCCUCUGUAGCAACUCACCUUUUCAAUUUUACAUGUGUUUUUUUAGUUGACCGGUUGGAUCGGUCGGGUGAACCGAUUCAACUAGUUGGUCAGAGGUGAUGGGAUGGUCGGAGUCAGGCAUUUGGUUCUUGCCAUUUUGUGGGAAGGAGGCAAACUUAUUGCUGGAAAGGGAAAGGAAAUACUUAAGGAUUUUGAUCCUUUUAGCUGGUCUGAGUUUUCUGAGGUCUUUGUGAAAAAUUUCCUAGAAGGUAAAGAACAAACAUUUUGUGUUGACUUUUGUAUUCUAAAUAAAAGUUCGAGGGGAUAGGCAGUAGUUGCCAUUUCUUUCGCUUCAAGUAUGACACCUAAACACAUGGCCUUGUGAGUCGCUUGGUAAUGGUGUGUAUCACCCAACUCAUGGGCUUGGACUGGGUUCAAUCCUCCUUACCCCCAAAAAUUGCCCUUGAUAAAAAAAAAAAGAGUAUGAUACCUAGUGGAAACUGAAAGUCGUCCAAAUUACAGUCACAAAAUAAGUCAGACAUGAUGUG